ACUUGCUCACUCGUUCACUUGGUCAAAGUGAGCAGACAGGCUCUAUUGCAUCAUCAUCAUCAUCAUCAUCCUCCUUCUCUUCAUCUUCAUAAUGUCCUUGACUGCAGCUUCCAGACUUCAUGAAUCCAACCUUGAUUUGACCAACAGAAGCCAACAGAACAACUGGGUUUCUUUCCAGGCCGAGUGCCCACCUCUGCCCUCGCCCACCCUGGGCACACUCGUGGUUCUGACAGGCAACGGCAGCCAUGUUGGCUCCAUGGUGUCGCUGCUGUGUCCGAGCAAACACAAGCGAGUGGGCGUGGAGCUGACGUGUGUCAUGGCCGCCAACAAAGCUCGCUGGGUGGGUGAACUCCACUGCACACCCUCGUCCGUCUUUGAAGGCAAUGGCUUCCGUGUGGCUGCUCUGGCAUCCAUCGUGAGCAUCGGCAUAAUAUCCAUCAUGUCCAUGCUCUUCCUCACCUGCUGCAUUCUGGACUGCAUCCAAAAAGACGCCAGGAGAAAGCGGCAGAGAAGGUAUGAGAAGGAAGCGGAGAGCCUGGAAAGCCUGGAGAAGUACGCGUCAUGGCGGGACAUCCAGGUCCCAGACCACGUGUGUGACAACAGUCCUCCUAGACGGUGCACCUACAGCCAUGGCCGCACAAGUACUCUCCCUGGCUUCAGCUGGGAUCAACGUCUCAUCGCCACAUCGGAUAACGAUCGGACCUCAGGACCGCCUCCUUCCUGUCACGUGUGCACACUGCUCCCUACUCAAGAACCUGGUCUCACCUGGCAGCAUCACAGCCAGCGUUAGGGUCAAGAAGAUCUGUCGGCAUCAGAAGAACCCACCACAAGAGAAAAACCUCCACACUCGGCUAAGGAAGUAAGGGUGAGGGCUACGGACAUGCAUCGGGGCAAAAGGCAUGCUCCGGCUAAAGGAGGAAACAACAACAAAAAGCUUGAAUUUAUCGAUAAAAUCGAUAUAUGGCUCGGCCCUUUCUCCAGCGCAGGUAUUGCUACUGUUGGUACUCUUCUGUAUGGAAUAAAUGGGUCAUUUUCAAA